GUAGAUUCAUAAUGUAAUAGUGUGACAUAAAGCAAGGACUGAAAAUUGAGUAAGUCAUGCUUUUCUCAUGCGAAAACACUCCUUUGUUAUGUAUUUCAAAAACAUAUUUCAAACCAACAAAUAGCUCCGCAAAAUUGCAGGGAUUUACAGAAUAUGACGCAGAAAAGCAACUUGCAUUCAAGCACUAAGAGUUGCAUCAUUGCGCAACACGGAGGCGAGUUGCCGAGCGGGGGACACAUCAGUUAAAAUCCUCCCCUCCUUUCGCUCCUUGUGACUGGUCGGUGCCCGUGUCAGUCAGUGGGAGGGGUGCAACGCUAAUUUCUAUAUGCCUGUAUGACAAUUUGAGAGUCAGAUUGCGUUCUCGUGCGUCGCUGUCAGCAGCAGCAAACCUCACUGGACGUCAACAGCCUCGCUCUUGGAUUUGUUACUCGGAUGAGACGCGCGUCUACCUGCCCACACUGAACCGUGAGAGCCGCAAAGCGCAUCCCUUCAGUCUCGUGGUAUUCGUGCUCCUGAAGUGUGUUAAAUCAGCGCGCCCGAGGGAAGGCGCGUCACAAAACUUUUAAGGAAGACUUCUGCAACUUUAUAGUGAGCAUCGCGGGGAGCUCAUGUGGCGGAUCCUCUGACAGAAGCGGACUAUUUCUCUGGGAAACUUGACAGACGGCUUCUUUUUUUUUUUUCUUUAAAAAAAACAACAUGUUCAGCAAGUGCUCCGUGGUGUUAUUAAAUGUCCUUUUUCUGGUGCGUGCGCUCUCGGCUCACGAGUGCACGCCGUGUAAUCGCCGCACUUGUCCCGGCAAAGCCCCACACGGCUGCGAGGGUGGCCGGACAUUGGCCAGGGAUCCCUGCGGAUGCUGUGACCAGUGUGCCCGGCUGGAGUGGGAACCCUGCGGCGGAAAGGACUGGGCGCACGGCUACUGCGCCCUGGGGCUGACCUGCGCCUCUGUUAACAAAACAGGAGCAGUCCAAAUCCCAGAAACUGGAGUAUGUAAAGUGCUCCCUGAGCGUUCAGAGGCAGGCCUGGAGGACGAGCGCUGUCCCCUGAUGACAGGCUGUGAAAGAGCCGGAGGUCAGUGUGUGUGCGAUGCCCGUCACUCAUGUCUGGGCUCCUUCACCUACCCGGACCAGGAAACCUGCAUGAAGGCCAGCAAGUCAGAGGGUCGAAGGCACGAGCACCGGGAAAGAAACCGAGAGAAGUACGUGGGACCAUCUAACCCGGCCUGCAUGUUCUCUGGGUGUAACCUGACCUCCGAGGGCUGUGUGUGUGAGUCUCAGAGCUGCCACCACCACUUUGCCUACAUCAACCGCAGCCAGUGCCAGGAAGCCGCAGAGGAGCUGAGGUGUGCCGGGGUGAUGUGUCCUGCUCUGCCAGUGCCCUCCUGCCCUAAGGGUUCAGUCCUGACCAAGAGUUACACGCCCCCUACUGGUUGCUGCCCCUCCAUACUGCCCCAGUGCACUUGCGACCUCCGUGCCUGCCACAAGCCCCAGUGCCCGAGCGGACAGCGUGCCGUGCCACUCAGCCAGGCCAGCGGUCAAUCAGGCGACUGCUGUGAUGUCUUCGAGUGCCAGAAAGUCUCUCCCAAGUGUGUCCACAAUGGGAAGGAGUUUUCUGAGGGACAGGUGUACCGCAUGGACCCCUGCUGGCUGUGUCAGUGCCGGGGAGGAAUCUCCUUCUGCUCCAAAGCAGAGUGCGCUGAGCUGGACUGUGAAAACUUCUACAUUCCUGAGGGCGAGUGCUGCCCUGUCUGCAUAGAUGUGGAGUUACUGUCGAUGGACAGCACGAAGGCCAGUUGCUGGGUGAAUAACAAGCUGCGGGCCCACGAGGAGCAGUGGAAAGAGGACGACUGCACCUUCUGCCAGUGUGUGGAUGGAGAACCACACUGCACGGCCAUGGCCUGCAAACAGAGCUGUCAAUACCCUGUCAAGAUCCCCGGAGAGUGCUGUCCCUUCUGCGAAGAGCCUUCUUACGAAACAGUUAGCCCCCUGCUAUGCCCUCCCCUGGAAAACUGCUCCUUGUCAGGGAAUGAUUGCCCCUACGGCUUCCAACAAGACACAAAUGGAUGUCUGCUCUGCCAGUGCCUCAACAAUGACUCCUGCCCUGACCUGGGAAAAUACUGUUCCCUCCAAUGCCCAAUGGAAUACAAGACGGAUGAUUUUGGCUGUGAGGUGUGUGAAUGCAGCAUUCCCGUGCCCAAGUGCCGACCCUUGACCUGCACCAAGACCUGCCCCUAUGGAUAUGUGAGGAACAAGCAUGGCUGUGAGAUGUGCCGCUGUAUCAAGUGUCCUCCCUUCACCUGUGACAAGCACUGCAGCGACGGCUAUAGACAGAAUAGGAAGGGCUGCUCCAUCUGCAUGUGUAAAGAAAGUGGCCACGUCCCAAGCACCACUGCUCCUGCCCCGAUUCCCAGCUAUUGCCUCACCUCCAAUGGGCAACGCUACGAGGAAGGUGACGGUUGGCAUGACGGUUGUCGUGACUGCUACUGCCACUCCGGACGGGAGAUGUGUGUGCUCAUAUCCUGCCCCGUGCCCAGCUGUUCUCAUCCAGUUGUGAGGCCUGACCAGUGUUGUCCUACCUGUGAGGAUGAGUCAGGCAGCGGUCAGCUAGAGGGGAUGGACAUGGUGGUGUGCAGAGCACCUGGGGGGGAAUUGUAUGUGGAGGGGGAAACCUGGAACCUGGACGAGUGCACACGGUGCACCUGCAGGAAAGGACGUGUGCUGUGCGACACCGAAGUGUGUCCCCCGGCUCUCUGCCAGACACCGAUCCGGAACAAGGACACCUGUUGCCACGCAUGCCCAGAGGAGACGCUGAGCCCCUUGCUGCCAGUGAACAACAGCCAGCAGGAGUACUGCAUCACCAGCGAUGGAGACGUGCUGCUGUCUGGGGAUUCCUGGAAGGCCAACGCCUGCACCAGCUGCACCUGCAACAACGGCACCAUUCAGUGUUUCUCUCAGCGCUGUCCGGCUGCCAGCUGCAGGGUGCCCGUCUUACGUAAGGGCCAGUGCUGCCCACACUGUCUCGAAAUUACGACGUCAGUGCCGGUGAUGGUGUCUACCAAAGCCCCCAAGACAACGGCCACUAUGACAGUGAAGAGUGCGGUGUGGAUCACCACUGUCACUGUACCGCCCAUCAUUGCUGAUACAGAUGAGCCAGGUUUGGGUGAGAAUUACCCCAGCCAAACGGAGAUGGCCGUCAUCUACCAAUCAGCCGCCUGGAUCCUGGCAGGUCUCCUCUUGGCCAUCAUCAUCUUUCUCGCCGUGGCGUUACUCAUCAACAAGAAAAAGAAGUGGGUGCAGAUGUCCUGCUACAGUGCACCCAAGAAGACGGUGAUCCUUAAGAAGCACGUCAACAAGAACUCGGUGGUCUACAUGGAGCCCUCCAAGGAGAACAAAUUUCAGAAUGCGAAGAACGACUGCGGCAUUAUCCAUUUCUCUCCAGAAAUGGGCUCCACGUGUGCGGACAAGAUGACCAUCCCCCGGGCCAAGCUGAGCAUGGGCAACAACUGGACGGCGCGCUAAAAAAAUUCAAAGCAACGCCGCUGAAACUCUGCAGAUCAGAGCUCUCCGGCACCUCCCCACUCUCUCUCUCACUGCUGUAUCCAUGGUGAUUAGUGCAACGGUGCACACAUCCUCGCUGCCUUGUUCCCACCCUUCUGUCUGUGUGAAUCUGAGGAUGCUCUGCAAGAGACAAAGCAUGUGACUUCUGUUUCUUUUAAUAUAUGUCCAUAUUCUUUUUUUUGGUGGAGCGAGACAAUGGGAGGUGUACGGACGGGUGGACAUAUAAAAGGACAAAGCCACUCCGGCUCUGCUUUAAAACAGAGAGGGAGGCAGCCUAAGAGGCUCCUCUGUAAGAAUCAGAAUUUGACUGUGAACAUUGUAUUAUUAUUGCCUAUUAUUGCCUCAUUUGAAACUGGAACUUUUAGGCAAUAAGAGGAGCAUAAAAAGCUUUAGGACAGGGGUUUGGGCCGUAGUUAAAAGGGGUGUAGAGGAUGCUGCCCUCCCCACGAGUUCAGCAGUGAUUUGUGGAUGUAAACAUUCUCAUUAGCAGGGAGGCCAAAGGAACUGAUAAUCCAGUUGGAUCAAAUUGGGUUAAGCAGAAAAAUCAAGUCAAUAGGCUUUAUGUAGACCCCCAGAUCCAACCCCCUGCUUUAGAAUGUGUGGUUUCCGUCUUAGUUUUUGUAUAUUUCUACGGUAUUUGUACUAGUUGUAGUGUUGUUCUUGGCCAUCUCUCGUUUUUACUAUGGGUGUCUCCGUGGGGCCAGAAUGACACAUUGUGAAAAUGCCAGUCUAAACAUUCCCGCCAUCAAUGUUCAGGAAGGACACGCUUCCCAAAUAAUAGCCUUGUUUCUACCUUCAAAUGACCCGUCAUUCCAUUCACUAAACUCCCCAAUACUACAAAAUGAAACCUGCAAACCCCUUCUUUUACGAACGUAUUCAUACAGUAGCCAAUAGGCUUCAUCUUUCCCCUCAGACUCUUCCAGAAGGAAUUAGUUGUCAUUACAAAAAGUGCAGAGUUUAAGUGGAGUGAUGUUCAUCCAGGAAGACUGUCAUUUUAUUCACUGCAGAGUGGUGCCAGACGCUUCAGCUGGACCUAUGAGGAAUGUGAUAUAGUGUGUGUGUGUGUGUAUAGAGCUACUGUUCACACCGAAUGUUAGAGAUGGUUAGUAUUGAUUCAUUUUAAAGCCUUAAUACUAUAGCCUUAACGCAUAUCUUGUUUUCAUUUAAUAACCGUUCACCCCCAUCAAGGAAUCUAAAAACAGUAAUAUAGUCACCCAAUAUUAAGAUGAACAGAUAUUGUUGUACAGCGUCACCGAUGGUUCUCAUCAACCCUUCAUAUACAAAUGAAUUAUGUGAAGUGGAAGAGUGUAUGGGGAGCUCGCUAGUAAUUGUACAUACUGGUACACAUUACAGAGCAUUUUUAAAGAGACGUAGCACUUUUCUUUGUAGCCAGUGGUUUUUCUUUUUUUUUUUUGAGAGAGAGAGCUCCCUGCAGGAUUCUUGUAGGGAUAAAGUCCCUAAUCAGGGAUUUGAUCGGCAUAUUAAGCCCGCAGAGAUGUUAAACCACUCAAGUGAACACGCUGUUGCAGCUAAAGGCUCCGCACCAAUCUGAUCAGUACAGGGAAGGAGGGAAUCGGAGAAGCAUUACGAAACAAACUGGGGUUUCAUAGGGAAAAGGUUUUGGAUCAGAGUUCUCAAUCCAUUGCCAAUUUCUCAAUACAAAGACCUCUCCCAUGCCAAAAUUGGUUGGAGACCAAUUUAUAUCAAAGUGUUUUAGUAACUCAGUAGAUUUGUGUCUGUUUGAAUCAUGACCAUGUGCUUUAAAAUGAAGAGGCGACAGUAAGAGCUUACGCGAUUCUUUUUUUCUUCUAUCUGUAAAAAGAAAAAAGAAAAAGUAGUUUAAAUUAGGACAGAAGAGUACCUUAUUUAUUUUUUCACAUAGCUUUAUUUAUUAAUACUAAACUAUAGUUUGAGUUUUUCUUUUUUGAAAAAUGAACUUUUGGUAGCCAAAGCUGCUGUACAUUGUAGACUAUUUACCAUUUCUAUCUGCUAUAUCCUCUACAACCUUAUUUAUUUUAUUCUUGCAAAACCUGUAAAUAUGUUUCCUAGAUGAUGAACUGUAACAUUUACACUUAUUUUGAAAAAUAAAUGUUUGAACCAAA